AGGUAUCUAUAAAAGCAUUGGUACCGCUAUCGUGUUAUCAUUCAACGAAAUGAAACUAGUUGUCGCUACACUUUUCAUAGCAUCAGUUUUUGCUGAUGUUACUGGUAAUCAUCUUUCCGAAAAUUACAUCAAGUAUUUUGAUAAACAGAAUUCAGAAUGUCAACGAGAAAGAUUCACCAAUGGAAAUCUAGAAGUACCUAUACGGUCAUACGUCGAAGAUGGCCUAGAAAUUCCUGACUAUUUUGAUGCCAGGGAAUCAUGGCCUCAUUGUCAUUCGAUCAAACUGGUUACAGAUCAAGCUAACUGUGGAGCUAACUAUGCUAUGAUUUCCACUUCAGUCAUGUCCGACCGCAUUUGCAUCCAUUCGAAAGGAAGAAACCAAACACUGGUAUCAGCGGAAGACGUAAUAUCAUGUGGAAAUACUAAAGCCGGAUUUGGUUGUUACGGAGGGCACGCUGGAAAUACGUGGGCUUAUUGGCACACCGAUGGUAUUGUUAGUGGAGGACCUUUUGGAGAUAAAAAAGGAUGUAAAUCAUAUUCUUUCGAGCCUUGUUCCCAUUAUAUAGAAGGAGGUAUAAACUGUUCAUCAUUAAACCCAGCGACAACACCUAAAUGCUCUAAAACAUGUGACGACCCUUCAAUGGAUUAUGAAGCACAGAAAACCUACGGAUCUGAACCAUAUAUCAUACUGGCGAAUACUACUGAAGACAUUCAAAUUGAAAUUAUGAAAAAUGGGCCCGUAGAGGCAGCUUUCAGAGUUUAUGAAAGCUUCAAUAGUUAUUCAUCAGGUAUUUAUACAAAGGGUGAAAAUGAAACGGGAGGCAUCCUUUACGCUGGUAAAAUAAUUGGUUGGGGAGUGGAAGAUAGUGUUCCAUACUGGUUAGUCGUUUUCUCUUGGAAUGAAUCUUGGGGUGACAAAGGAUUAUUCAAGAUACGUCGAGGAAAUGACGAAUAUGGUAUUGAAUUGAAUAUAACUACGGCUUUGCCAUGUUUACCUAGUGCAAUCAAUAUGAUACCGAGAGUUAGCGUGACUGUUCUAUUACUAUCAGUAUUUUCAAUUACAUUGUAAGUAGACUGGCAUUGGAAUUCAAUAAUAUACAGUUUUAUCUUA